AUGGCCACUUUCCAGCACCCCGAAGAUGACACCAUGGUUCUGAUGACUGACAAUAUCUCCACGUCUAGUUCCAAAGACCGAGUCAAGAGCGAGUCAUCCCCGGACAAGACUGCGGAGAAACCCGAUCCCACUCAGAAACCGCCUUAUUCUUAUGUGGCCCUCAUUGCUAUGGCUAUCCGAGAGAGCCCUGAGAAACGACUCACUCUAUCCGGCAUCUAUCAGUACAUUAUCACCAAAUUCCCUUUCUACGAGAAGAAUAAGAAAGGCUGGCAAAACAGCAUCCGACACAACCUGAGCCUCAACGAGUGUUUCAUCAAAGUGCCCAGGGAAGGUGGCGGGGAGAGAAAGGGCAAUUACUGGACUCUAGACCCGGCUUGUGAAGAUAUGUUUGAAAAGGGGAACUACAGAAGGAGGAGAAGGAUGAAGCGCCCUUUCCGACCACCUCCCACCCAUUUCCAACACAGCAAGACGGCUUUAUUCGCCAGUGACAGUUAUGGCUACAUCGGCCCUCCCAAGUACUUGCAGUCGACUUUCAUGAACAAUUCCUGGUCUCUCGGGCAGCCGCCUGCACCCAUGUCUUACGCCUCCUGCCAAAUGGCCACUGGCAACGUCGGCUCUGUCAAUGUGAAGGGACUCUCAGGGCACGCGUCCUACAACCCUUAUUCGCGAGUGCAGAGCAUGGCCCUGCCCAGCAUGGUGAACUCCUAUAACGGCAUGAGCCAUCACCACCACCCCCAUCCCCAGCAACUGAGCCCUGCUCCCCCUCCGUCUUCCAGCAAUGGGGCCGGCCUGCAGUUCCCCUGCGCCAGGCAACCAGCAGACCUCUCUAUGAUGCACUGUUCCUACUGGGACCACGACAGUAAACACAGCGCAUUACACACAAGGAUAGACAUUUAA